AUGGGCUACGAAUUCGCUCUAACCGGCCAUUCUAUUAGUGACACAGAAGCCUUGAAACGUUCCAAAGCUAAAACCGUGCAAGAAAUGCUGAUCUUCUAUCUUGGUGCUACGAUAUAUGAGUUUCUGACCGGAUCCAUUACCGUACCAUAUCUAGAAGACAUGGACGAGUUUUAUGAAUCGAGUAAUUUUGGCAUUGCUUUUUGGACUUGGGGCUCAAAUGCCAGCAACCGAUCAGCUUUUGUCACUGCCAUUGUUUAG